AUGCACUUCGUCGAGGCCUUGGUAUUCGUUUCGAGUUUGAUACCCCUGCGUUCUGUAUGGGCUGUGGAUGCACAUAUUCGAACCCCUCUUUCUUGGACUGAAGCAUUGCAACAAUCUAGAGACUUUGUCUCCCAACUCAAUACCUCUGAGAAAAUCGGCCUCGUCACUGGUAGUUAUGGCUCUUCUCCGACUCUUCCAUGUGUAGGUACGCUCGCGGCGAUUGAACGACUUAACUACACCGGUCUGUGCCUAUCCGACGGCCCAGCUGGUUUGGCACGUUCAGACGGCGUUAGUGUGUUUGCUUCCGGUAUCACGGUUGCAGCCACAUGGGACAGGCGACUUAUGUACGAACGCGGACUGGCCAUUGGACAAGAGUUUAGAGCAAAGGGUGCACAUGUCCAUCUUGGUCCAUCUGCUGGACCCAUGGGUCGUCAUGCUCGAGGCGGACGCAAUUGGGAGGGCUUUGGACCAGACCCAUAUCUUGCCGGUGUUGCGAUGAACGAGUCUAUAUUCGGCAUACAAGGAGCCGGUGUCCAGACGUCGUCGAAGCACUAUAUCGGAAACGAACAAGAAACCCAACGCACACUUUCUACCCGAGAAGACGGAACUGUAAUAGAAGCCAUAUCUGCCAACAUCGACGACCGGACGCUUCAUGAGCUCUACAUCUGGCCGUUCGCCAAUGCUGUUCACGCAGGCACAACGUCUGUCAUGUGUGGCUACAAUCGUGUCAACGGCAAUUACUCUUGCGCCAACGCGGAGAUACUGAAUACCAUUCUCAAAGAGGAACUCGCCUUCCCAGGAUACAUUGUCUCGGACUGGGAAGCUACGCAUUCGACAGUCGGAACAGUAAAUGCAGGACUAGAUAUGGAGAUGCCUGGAACCACGAGUCCUAGUGGUAUCUACUAUUUCGGCGACUCGCUCGCUGCUGCCAUCGAAGCAGGCAAUGUCUCAUCCGCCCGUCUUGACGACAUGGCUACAAGAGUCAUGACGCCUUACUUCCGGCUGGGCCAAGACGAGGAUUUCCCCGUCCCGGAUCCUGCUAGCGGCCCUGUGUUUCUCAGCUACAUCUAUGGUCAUCAAUCACCCUUGGCAGCAUCAUACCCUGACGUGCCUGCUCUGGACGUUCGUGCCGAUCACGCCCAAGGCAUUCGGGAGCUGGGAGCGGCCGGCACAGUGCUACUCAAGAAUCUAAAAGGCACUUUACCCUUAUCAAACGAAACGAGUUUUGGCCUCUUUGGUAAUGAUCUCCCCGAUCCAACAAUCGGUUCCGUCUUCCUGGGCGACGGCGAUGCUGCAGUGGGCUACCAGAUGGGAACUCUUGACAUUGGCGGCGGAUCUGGAACGGUACGACACACUAGCCUCGUCACCCCGCUUGACGCCAUUCGAAGCAAGAUUCAUUCUCUGGGUGGACGCGCUCAGUGGCUCUUCGAUAACGACGAGAUUGCGGACGGAAGGUUCCGUUCAAUCUACCCGGUACCGCAAGUCUGCUUGGUGUUCCUCAAGGCUUACGCAACGGAAGGUUCUGAUCGGCCUGAUCUCGACUUGCAGUGGAAUGCUACUCUCGCAGUAGAGAGUACAGCAAGGCUGUGUUCCAACACCGUCGUCAUAACACAUGGCCCUGGUGUUGUUUUGAUGCCUUGGGCGGACAACGAGAACGUGACGGCUAUCCUGGCAGCGCAUUAUCCAGGAGAAGAGACGGGAAACUCCAUUACUGAUGUCCUCUGGGGCGACGUGGAACCGUCCGGUCGUCUCCCGUAUUCCAUACCGAGAGCUGCGGAGGACUACGGCCCACCUAUUGUGGAAUUGCCCGGCAAUGUCACAGACCCAGAUGCAUGGCAGGCCGAUUAUGUCGAGGGUCAGAUGAUUGAUUAUCGUCACUUCGACGCGAAUGAAGGGUUGGACCCACUUUACGAGUUCGGGUUUGGACUUUCGUAUACUAGCUUUGCAAUGGCCGAGGAACUGGAUGUCGCGCUUGGUGACAUGCCUUUGACGCCAACUCCGGAUCAGUCCAAAGGCCUCGCACCGGGUGGAUUAACAGAUCUGUGGACCGUUGUCGCUGUAGCUACGGUGAACAUUACGAACAAUGGAGCUAGGGCUGGCUCCGCUGUACCGCAGUUAUACGUAUCGCUUCCCCAGGACACUACCCCUCCCGGCACGCCUGUGAAAGUCUUGAGAGGGUUCGACAAGGUACAUCUUCUACCAGGUGAGACGCAGGCAGUGACGUUCAAUCUAAUGAGAAGAGACAUUAGUUUCUGGGAUGUCGACAGGAAAACAUGGGUCAUUCCAGCAGGACCAGUUCGGUUCGCAGCGGGGUUCAGUGCGAAAGACUUGCAUGCAGUAGCUGAAGUUGUGGUUUUGGUUUAG